CACCAUUGUGAAACAACAGCCGCGAUCAUAUGUUCUCUGGCAGGGUCGCAGCUAGUCAGUAGUGUCAGUAGCCUUGGUCAGUGCUGGUUGAACUGUACGUAGUGUGAGCGUUGCGGUAGUCGCCGUGAGUCAUCGCUAAGUGUCGUUUGCCCCCACGAGAAACUAUGAAGUGGACCGUCGCCUUCGCCGCCUGCCUCGCGUUUGUUUCAGCGCAAAAUGCGACGCUGCCAUACUCCAGCCAAAACACGACCGCCCCCGCAGGCACCACAGCGGCGGCGGCGAAGACUACGGCUUCGCCACCGACAGCAGCGUCGAAGGAGGCCACAGUGAACAGCUACAAUGUAACUGUGCCAGGCACUAACCACACCUGCAUCAUGGUUGAGGCAGCCAUGCAAGUCAAGGUUGUCUACGCAACAAAAGACGGCCAGGUGAAGGAAGCAGUCCUGCCUCUGGACAAUGCGACGGUUGUUGACCCUGUGCGCAGCAGCUGCACUUCUUCGUCUGGCGAGCAGACCCUUGUGCUGCUGUUUGGCCACAACAACAUCCUCUCCCUGGUGUUUGCCAAGAAUGGCACUGUGUACCUCCACAAGCUCUUCGUCGAAGUUUUCUUCUCCACAGAGUUCUUCCCAGGUGCUGUCAAGCCAGAGGAGCACUUGACGGUGUACAACGACACGCUCAUGCUAUACAGUGUGCCAGAGGACCGGUCCUACUAUUGCAAGGUAGACCAGCCUGUUUACGUGGGUGCCAAUGUCACUGUGGAUGUGCUCAGUGCUCAGCUGCAAGCUUUUCGAAACGCCACAGCUGAGGCUGUCGGACAGUUUGGUGCAGCUGUAGAGUGCUCGGCAGGUGACAUUAGCAACAUUGUGCCCAUUGCAGUUGGGUCGGCACUGGCAGCUUUGGUCAUCAUUGUGCUCAUCGCCUACCUCAUUGGGCGAAGCAAGAGCCGACAGAAGGGAUACCAGUCCGUCUAGAAGUUACGUUUCAUAUACCCUUCUCUUUGCUUGGUUUGCUUUCACUUUUUUUGCCUUGGACUGGAGAUGUCUUUACUCUGCUCCUUCCCUGUCAAUUGGUACGCAGGCGUUUUGUGCGCCAAUCGGUGGUGCCCAGCAUCCAGACAGGGUACUGUAUCCUAGCCCACCUGCGGUAUGCGGCGACACUUAUUGGCUACAUGUGUGCAGCUUCGCAAUCAAACCAUGUGGCAGUUUUCAAAAUGUGCGGGUUUUCCCUCUAGUGUUGCAGACACUGUACAUAUGGGGAAGAAGCGCCAUAACUGUUGGUUUCAAUGUGUAGUUUGUUCAUUUCCUAGGUUUUAACAGUAAUAAGCUGAAAAGGAGAAUGGAGGGGCAGGUCAGGAGAAUACCCAAUAAGGGAUUGGGGUACCACAAUUGAUGGUACCCUCUUUGGCAGAAGUACUUUUCAAGUUUGAGCGUUUUUACUGAAAGUUAAUAAACCACUUUCUACAUACU